AUGUUGUUAAUUAUAGUAUCGGAGCAAAUAACUCACAUCGCUGAUUGCUUAACAAUUUGGGGGCGGUAUUCGGAAUUCCGACUAAAGGAACGUUAUGAAGGCAAAAGGAAAUCAGUACGUUUCAGUAAACAUCAUUGCCUACAUAACGUAGAAGAGGGGCAUAUUCACGAAAGUGUAAACGCAGUCACGGCCGAGUACACACACGCGAGCAGCGGCGGUUGUCGUUCGGCAAGCGGAGCGGGCGCGGGCGCGGUGACGGUCGCGAGUGCGGGCGCGGGCGCGUGCGCGGCGCGCAUGGCGAGCGCGGGCGCGCAGUACCGCGGCGGCACGCAGCAGUGGGCCGCGGCCUACGCGCCGCAGCCCUGCCGCUACCCGCCGCCGCAGCCGCAGCCCUACGCGGCGGCGCCCAGCCCCUACACGCCGCACCAGUACACGGGUGCGGCGAUGAGCGGCGGGUGCGGUGCGACUGGUGCGCGCGUGCCUACCGCCGCGUCACCAGCCAACACGGCGUCUUCCUCCUCGUCCAACACAGGGUCGGCGGGGGGGACGCGCUCUACCAGCCUUAGCACCGCCCCUCCACCGCCAGCAUCCUCCGCCUCCACCACAGGCGCAGCCGGCGAGCAGCUGAGCCGCACCAACCUCUACAUCCGCGGCCUCAGCCAAAACACCACCGAUAAGGACCUCGUCCAGAUGUGCCAGAUGUACGGCAAUAUAAUUUCAACAAAAGCAAUAUUGGAUAAAAAUACGAAUAAAUGUAAAGGUUAUGGUUUUGUAGAUUUCGAAACGAUCGCGUCGGCGGAGGCAGCUGUUAAAGGAUUACAAGCCAAAGGUGUUCAGGCCCAGAUGGCUAAAGUGGGUAUCUGGUUCCUGCGUAGACUGAACCGUCAACAGGAGCAAGACCCCACCAACCUGUAUAUGGCCAAUCUACCACCACACUUCAAGGAGAAUGAUGUGGAUCAGCUUCUGGCUAAGUUCGGGCAGGUUGUGUCCACGCGGAUCUUGCGCGACACUCACGGCCAUAGCAAAGGUGUCGGCUUCGCAAGAAUGGAGUCCAGGGAAAAGUGUGAGCAGAUAAUUCAGAUGUUUAAUGGCAACUCUAUACCGGGCGCCAAAGAACCCCUGUUAGUAAAGUUUGCCGACGGCGGGAACAAAAAAAAGGCGCUGUAUAAUAAGCAAAAUGACAACAACGGCAGAGUAUGGCGGGAAAACAACGAAUCCAUCACACAGGCGAUGAGCGUGAGCGGCGUGUACGGCGGCGGCCUGCACGCGCAUCCGGCCGCCUGGCUCACGCCGUACGCCGCGCUGCUGCCGCCCGCGCACGCGCACGCGCCACACCACGCGCACGCCGCUCACGCGCCGCACCCCGCCCACAUACCCAUCGACUCCGUGCCCAGCCAAUACGUAAACUGGGACAGCUUAAGGCCGGAAAAUGAAUUAUACUAUUUCCCGUCGCAUCCGUACCAGUUCUUCGCGGGCCCCACGCCGCCGAUCAUCCAGAUGCCGAUGGAGAGCGAGCACGCUUCCACGGCGGCGUCACCCGACGAGGCCUACCAGCCCUACCCUCCACCCAAGUAG